UAUCACGACAAUAUUGCUCACUCAUCACCAAAACAAUGGUGGUCACUUACCAGUAAAUUGCCACUUACAAUGCACGACCACUUAAACAAGCAACUAAUCACCUCACGAACAAUUAAUCAUGUCGUCUCCACUCCUGAUGCCGGUGCACUCGCGCGAGAGCACCACAGACUUGCAGACGGACGUGACAAGCGUCGCGUCGUUGCGGCGCGUGUCCGCCAGCGCGGCGUCGAUGCUCCAGAUGCGGCCGCAUGCGCCGUCAUCGUCUCGCCUGCUGUUCACCAGGCCUACACGACUUGCCGUCCCUCUACCAACACGCCGCUCUCGGUCUCAAUCAACUCAAUAUCUCCCCGCAUGCAGAUAUCUUCCUUAUUCCCGCACAAUGCGUCUCCGUCGUCUCCAUCCCCCCGCUUGCGUCCGUCCUCCUCCUCGCCCGACCACGCCGAGGCGUACACCUUCAUCCACCCCUCCCUCAACAUCUACUUCGCCGACCUUUUAUCUGCCGCGUGGCACCACCCACUGCUCGACGGCAGGCUGCUCACGCUGCGCGCGCACUGUGACGCCACGGCGCUCAUGCGCACGUACCGCGUGCUCUGUGGGUGCAGCCCCGGCACGGAGCUCAUCGCGAGCGUCGCCGCCGCGCCCAGCGAGGACACGAGCGAAAAUGACGACGAGCUCCGCACCUCUCACGCAAACGUGCACUUCGAGGACGCGUGGCUCGGCGCCGAGAUCCACGCGGGCCGCCGCAAGAUGGGGAGCGUGCGCAGCGUCGAGGUACACGUCAAGGGACCUGACGUCGACGCCAGGGCCGAUCAUGCCUCCCCUGGUCGUGCACACGACGGGCCGCCACGCGCUGCGCACGGCGGCGUGUGGGACGUGAGCGAGAUCGACGCCGAGCGGGUCUUCCCCCGCGCGG